AAGGCUGUGCCGGUGAAAGUGUGGCUACUGCCCCUCACCUCGCUGGACUCUGCAGCAGCUCGCCUGGUGCGGCAGGUCAGUGUGGGGUUGGUGUUUGAGGUGGAGAGGACUCUGGAGCACUUAGAGGACUUGGACAUGAGGUGUCGAGAUGUUUUGAACAGCACAGAGUUAAAGCAGUUUCCUCAGAUAGUCACGAAGAUCAGAACCUUCAUGGGCUUGUGCUCCGAGUUUAAGCUGGGACUGCAGGGCAUUCUGGCUCAGAAGCUGCCGUCGAUCCGCGGAGGAGGAGAGGAGGAGGCGGAGCUCGCCGAGAUACUCAGGAAAAGAGCUGCAUCUCCGUUCAGUCACGACUGUCUGAACCAGUGGGUGAGGUGCAAAGUCAAAGAGGCCAACCUCAUCAAAACCUUCUGUCACCUGAUGAAGAACACAGAGGUCCUCUCCUCUCAGGAUGACCUGGACGACAGGUCCAGUAAUGUGAAGAACACUGUGUGCUUCGUCUUCACCUCCCUGGAGACUGAGGAGCCCUAUCUCUCUGCCUUAAGUCAGUACUUAAAGGGCUCAGAACAGCUCAGCCCUCGGCCCAAAGACCUGGAGAUGGAGCAGUGGUACAGCGACAAAGACGUCAGAGAGACCGUGAGGACCAAGGCCAAGCUCUUUGGAGAUUUUGCUGAGGCCAACAGGGACAACCAGGAUGUUAAGUUUCUGGCAGUGGCUUUUAAGGAUGAGAACUAUAAAGGUUCAACCAUCUACCAUUACAAAGAAGGAUUUGAAGUCAGUGAUAACUUUGAGCCCCCUUCAAAGCCUGAGAACAUCAGUGUGGACGAUGUAACCCACAACAGUUUGACUCUGCACUUCAGCGCCCCCACAUGGGGGGCAGAGACGGUGACGGGCUACAGGCUGGAGUACAGCGAUGGAGGAGAGUGGCAGCUGUCUGAGGCUCAGACGGGGUUAGUCAAAGUGAGCGCCCUGAGCGCAGACACAGAGUACAGUUUCAGACUGAGAGCCGUCACUGCAGUGGGUCUGGGACCGGCCGCAGAACUCAAGUCCAUAAAAACGGCUCCUGAACCCGAGGGCCCCAAACGCCUCACGGAGGAGCUGAAGAAAACCUGUGAAGUCAUAAAAACCAAAGGAUCUCUGCAGAUACUGAAGCUUCCACUGACCAGAGAUAGUAUAGAAAUCCCAGGCUGCCAGCGGUUCAUCUACGGCACCGACUUCCCCGGGAAGAGUAACUGCACCAUAAUGCUGAUGGGCGCCACGGGAGCGGGCAAGUCCACCCUCAUCAACGGUAUGAUCAACUACAUCCUGGGCGUGCAGUGGACUGACCCCUACAGGUUCAAGCUGGUAGUGGAGGAGGAGAAGUCACAGGCUCAGAGUCAGACAUCGGAGGUGACGGUUUAUAAAAUCAACUUUGACGACGGCUUCAUGAUCGACUAUUCUCUGACCAUCAUCGACACACCGGGCUUUGGAGACACUCGAGGCAUCAAGCGAGACCAACAGAUCACAAAGCAGAUCCAAAAACUCUUCUCCAACAACUUUGGGGUGAACGACAUUCACGCCGUGUGCUUCGUAGCUCAAUCUGCUCUUCCUCGCCUCAGCGCCACUCAGCGCUACGUGUUCGACUCCAUCCUCUCCAUCUUUGGGAAUGACGUGGCCGAGAACAUCCGGGUUCUGGUGACUUUCGCAGACGGACAGCUGCCUCCGGUUCUAGAGGCCAUCACAGUGGCAGGAGUCCCGUGCCCCAAAGCCGAUGACGGAAAACCCGCGCACUACAAGUUCAACAACUCAGCGCUGUUCGCAGAGAACCAGAGUUCUGUGGUGGGGUUCGAUGAGAUGUUCUGGAACAUGGGGAAAGCCAGCAUGAGGAGCUUUUUUGAUGCCCUGCACAAGACUGAGCCCAAGAGUCUGACUUUGACCAAAGAGGUGCUGAGAGAGAGAAAGCAGCUAGAGGAAACUGUGGAAGAUCUACAGAGGAAAAUCAAAGUGGCGUUAGCCAAACAGGACGAGAUCAAACAGUCCGAAGAACAGGUGAAGACGCAUGAGGCCGAGAUCGAGAGAAACAAGGACUUCAUGGUCCCACUCAAAGUCCUGAAGCCUGUUCGACAGGACAUCUCAGGAAACUACAUCACCAACUGCCAGAAGUGCCACCACACGUGCCAUUACCCAUGUGGCAUUGCCGACGACAGCGCCAAGAAAGGCUGCGCCGCCAUGGAUCAGAACGGGUACUGCACGAAGUGCCCAGGAAAAUGCAUCUGGAGUGAUCAUUACAACCAGAAGUACAGAUGGGAGUACAAAGAAGUCAUUGAGAUGAAGACCGCAGAGGAGAUCAAGAAGAAGUACCUGAAGGGAACAGAGGACAAGAUGACUGUGCAGAACUUGGUCUCAAAACUGAAAGAGGAAUAUCAUCGGUUCAAGGACAACGUUACUGACAUGGUCCAGGAAGCCACUAAAUUCAUAUACCGUCUGAGUCAGAUUGCACUGAAGCCCAACCCCCUGUCCACUCCAGACUACAUCCACCUGCUCAUCGAAUCUGAGAAGAAGCAGCUUAAGCCGGGCUGGAAGCAGAGGGUGGAGGCCCUGGAGGAGGAGAAGAAGAAGGCCGAACUGCUCACACAAGUCGGCACCGGGGAGGAUAUUCUGGCCCCUGAGUGAGUUCUCAUCUCGUCCUCGUCUCGUCCUCGUCUCGUCCUCGUCUCGUCCUCGUCGC